CAUUCAUGCCUCCUGCAGAAAUCAGCAGCAGCAGCAGCAGCAGCGGCGGCUUUAAGACAAUCCGGGCAUCUCUUCAAGUCUGUGGAUGACAUCAUUGAUAUUGUCAAUGGUGUAAACUGAGAGAGAGAGAGGGCUGGGUGGGGGUGUGUGAGGGAGAGAGAGAGAGAGAGAGAGAGAAGCCAGAAGAAGAGAGAGAGAAGGAUCUCAGUGUCUGGUUUCGUUUUUCCUCCCCCCCCCAAAAAAAAAAUCGUGACAGUGAAAAUCUUCCAGAGUCGGCUCUCGGAUAUUUUUUUUUUGCUGUGCGUGUUUUUUCCAGGAGUGGGCGUUCGGGUCACAGAUCUCCGAGGUUAUGAGCCGUCCGAAGCCGCGUCGGUGCGUCGCUGUCCAGGGUCCUGAGUGAGACAGAGCCAGCGGGGCGAGCACGGAAACCUGACAUAACCCGGGAGUUGAAAAACUCAGGAGCCAUGGAGUUGAGGGUGGGUAACAAGUACCGCCUCGGGAGGAAGAUAGGGAGCGGAUCCUUUGGAGAUAUUUACCUCGGUUCUAACAUUGCUACGGGAGAGGAAGUAGCCAUCAAACUGGAAUGUGUGAAAACCAAACACCCACAGCUCCACAUCGAGAGCAAAUUUUACAAGAUGAUGCAGGGCGGAGUGGGAAUCCCGUCUAUUAAGUGGUGCGGAGCGGAAGGUGACUACAACGUUAUGGUGAUGGAGCUGCUGGGCCCCAGUCUGGAGGACCUGUUCAACUUCUGCUCCCGCAAGUUCAGUCUGAAAACGGUCCUGCUGCUGGCCGACCAGAUGAUCAGUAGGAUUGAAUACAUCCACUCCAAGAACUUCAUCCACAGAGACGUGAAGCCCGACAACUUCCUGAUGGGGCUCGGCAAAAAGGGCAACUUGGUCUACAUCAUCGACUUUGGCCUGGCCAAGAAAUACCGCGACGCUCGAACGCACCAGCACAUCCCCUACCGUGAGAAUAAGAACCUCACCGGCACCGCCCGCUACGCCUCCAUCAACACCCAUCUGGGCAUCGAGCAGUCCAGACGAGACGACCUGGAGUCUUUGGGCUACGUUCUCAUGUACUUCAACCUGGGCUCUCUGCCCUGGCAGGGGCUCAAGGCUGCCACCAAGAGGCAGAAGUACGAACGCAUCAGUGAGAAGAAAAUGUCCACCCCCAUCGAGGUGCUCUGCAAGGGAUACCCCUCUGAGUUCUCCACCUACCUGAAUUUGUGUCGCUCCCUGCGGUUUGACGACAAGCCAGACUACUCGUACCUGAGGCAGCUCUUCAGGAACCUUUUCCACAGACAGGGCUUCUCCUACGACUACGUCUUUGACUGGAACAUGCUGAAGUUUGGGGCCAGCAGGACCGCCGAGGAUGGAGAGAGGGAGAGGAGGGAGGGGAAAGAGGGGGAGGAGCGAGCAGGAGGAGGCCAAAGAGGAGCUGGAGGUCGCGCUCUGCCUCCUGGUCCCAACCCUUCAGCAGCCAACAGAGUCAGGAACGAGGCGGACGCUGCUCCCUCGAACCCGGCCACACGUGUGGUCCAGCAGUCAGGUAACCGCUCUCCUCAGGCAGGGAGAGCAGAGCGAGCGGAGCGAGAGAGGAAGGUGGCCAUGAGGCUUCAUCGUGGGGCCCCCGCCAAUGUUUCCUCCUCUGACCUCACUGCACGCCUCGACCAAUCACGCAUCACUGCUUCGCAGGUCAGUGUGCCGUUUGAACAUCUGGCAAAGUGAGGUCCUCCUGGCUGGCCUGCAGGUCAGAGGCAGCAGCUGCAGGGUAUCAAAUACCCCUUACUUUUCAACUGGAUGAAUGAAAACAUGAAUGAGUGGAGGAUGACAAGAGGAGCAAGAGGAGGCGUUGGGGGCCCUUAAAGGGGGGUCGAGGCCAUCCGUGUGUCUGUCAGUAUGCUGUCUGAACAGUAGGGACUGAGAAGAACCAGAAGUGACUCUGAGAUGAUAGAAACCAGUGGAACAAACAAACUCUUAGCUGGAACUGGUUGGCUUGUUGGGAUGUGUCCGGAGAGGGGAAAUCCCGCCCCUUCUUCACUCAUAUUCACCUGUCCAUCAACUCAGAGGCUCAACUUGCAAAAAAAAACAACAAAGUGCACAAAAUGGACAAAAUUUCAGUUAUUCUGUGGUCUACACCUGUGAUACAAAAAAAAAUUACAAAUCAAAUAUAAACCUGCUAAUAUUUGAGAGCUACAUCUGCUGCUUUUGGUGUUCUUGAUUAUAAAUAAAUAUGUAAACAACUAUGGAGACGAACACAAAUCAGAAGUGGAUUCAGGCCUAUGAUAGAUGAGACAGGAAAAUGAUUGUAUAAAUGCAUUAAUUACAGGAUCAGAGGUUGGGGGAUGAAUGUGAGAGUCUGUAGUGAACAUGUGGACGGGAGUGAGGCUGCUUUUCGUCAAUUAGUGUCAGUGUCUGUCUGUGUUAUUGUCCUAAGUGUUCGUUUAUGCUUUUAGAUUUGCUUUAGAGAGCCUGAGCGAUGGAGGAGGGAGAGGUGACUGUGGAUGAACUACCCGUGAAUUAUAACAGAUUAUUCUCUUACUUAAAAAACUUAAAAUUUCCUCUUCUUCAGCACACUUGUUACUGUCUCAGUGAUGAGACACUGACAAGUAAAACAUGCUCAUUGAAUGUGAAAAGAGGAAUAAGAGGAGGAGGAAGAAUGCUUUGAGGAAGAGCCAUGAGGAUUGUAUGAUAUGAUAUGAUAUGAUAUGAUAUGAUAAAGCCUUAGUCCAGCUUGUAACUCCAGGUAUGAAAAGACUUGAGAAAGGUAUAAGAUCUUGGUGGUGAACAAGUCUGGUAUUGUAUUUUUUUGUUCUUUAUUUUUGCUGUUUUUAUUUUAUAAUAAUUGUAAAAUGUGUAGAUACCUUUUGCCAGAAUGUGACAGAUUGUUUAAAAAGAUGAGGCUGGAGAGAAAGAGUACGCUGUACUUCCUGACAGCCCUGGGGAAAAAUGUGAAACAGACAUUUGCACCGCUAACCUUUAGAGUCCGCCAGGAGUGUGUGUUUGGGUUUCCACCGUGGCAGGCAAUGACAGAAAGGUUCAUGUUAAUAUUUAAAAGAGUGUUUCGACCCGGGCUCGACAGGAUGGGAACAAGCUGAUGUCCUGUACAUUUCUUUACCAUGCUUCAACUUUAUUACUAUGAUAUUUGUGUAUAUUUUCUGAAUCAAUAAAAAUAUACACAGCGUACACAGA